UGAAGCACAUGGUCCCCACACAUAAGACAACACUUCUCACCAGUAAUUGCCCUGGAAUUGAUGUCAUUCCAGUGGGCGACUGACACAGCAGCGGCUUGUGCGUUUCUUAAUGUUUCCACCGCUCGCGCUCCAUUUCCCUCACUUUCUGCGCGAGUCAUCUGUGGACUCGGACUGUGUGUGAAUGGGGAAAGUGCGCCGCGGAGUUGAAUCAGCUGUCCUCGGGAUUUCCUAAGGCACCCGCUCGUAUACUUGAUCAUAUUUCAGGAAGUCGUUUUAUUUUUUUUGGAGGGGGUGCUCUCUCGCACAUCAGCUGUUGUUGGAGUUGGAUUGUAUGAUGCUGCAGUGAAACAGUUGGCCAGUCCCGUCCACGCUUCAGCUGGGCAUCAUGAGCCGGAGUCUGAAGUUUGUGAUUUUGACAGCACUUCAGGCUUUAUCUGUCUGUGUCUCGGUGUGUGACAGUGUGCUCUCCAGAUCUGGUCAAGGGAAUCUUUUGAGCACGACUGUUCAGCACAGACCAACAGCAAAGCAGAAACACUAUGGGACCACAGUACCUCUUCAGCUUGUUGGACAAGACUGGAAACCCAUUAGCCAGCUCAAACCCGAGAGUCACCCUGCAUCACUGAAGCUCCUGAUUGAAGCGGAAGGUGAGCAGCUGCUCUUGGCUCUGGAGAAAAACGAGGGGCUGUUUGCAAGUAACUAUACAGAAACCCAUUACCUGGAAGAUGGCAUUGCGGUCACAGGCUCUCACAACUUCACGGCAAACUGCUACUACCACGGUGAGGUGGAGGGCCAUGUCAACUCGGAUGUCAGCCUCAGUACCUGUGCUGGUAUUAAGGGCUUCAUAACUCUUGAAGGCAAAUCCUAUGUACUGGAACCAUCUGCUGAUCACUCCGAUGGGACUCACUGGAUCUACACAGCUGAACACCUCAAUUUUGCUCCUGGCACCUGUGGCCAUGAUUUCAACAUAUCCUAUCCCAUUGAACAUGCAGACGACAGUCCAUUCAGGGCUUUCAGCACAAGGCAUAAGCGCCACGCUCAGUCUACGACCAAGUACGUGGAGCUGAUCAUCGUGGCUGACAACAGAGAGUUUCAGAAGCAAGGCAAGGACAUGGAGAAGGUCAAGCAGCGGCUGGCUGAGAUCGCCAAUUACGUGGACAAGUUCUACAGGGCUCUGAAUAUCCGUGUGGCCCUGGUGGGCCUGGAGGUGUGGAGUGAUGUAGACAAGUGCCCCAUCACCCAGGACCCCUUCACCACCUUGCAUGAGUUCCUAGACUGGAGGAAGGUGAAGCUGCUGCCUCAGAAGCCUCAUGACAACGCUCAGCUUAUCAGUGGGGUCUACUUCCAGGGCACCACCAUUGGUAUGGCACCCAUCAUGAGCAUGUGCACAGCAGAGCAGUCGGGAGGAAUCGUCAUGGACCAUUCAGACAACCCCCUGGGUGCUGCAGUCACUCUGGCCCACGAGCUCGGACACAACUUUGGAAUGAACCAUGACACCCCAGAGAGGGGGUGUGGCUGCAGGGUGACCGUGGAUCGUGGAGGCUGCAUCAUGACUCCCUCCACCGGGUACCCGUUCCCCACAGUGUUCAGCAGCUGCAGCAAGAAGGACCUGACGGCCAGUUUUGAAAAAGGCGUCGGGAUGUGUCUGUUCAACAUGCCCGAGGUCAAGGUGCUCUACGGUGGUCAAAAAUGUGGCAACGGCUAUGUGGAGGAGGGAGAGGAGUGUGACUGUGGAGAGCUUGAGGAAUGUAUGAAUCCCUGCUGCAAUGCUACUACCUGCACUCUGAAGGGGGAUGCUGUUUGUGCUCACGGACAGUGCUGCCAGGACUGUCAGCUGAAGCCUGCAGGCACUCCAUGCCGUGAAUCCAGUAACUCCUGCGACCUGCCUGAGUUCUGCACCGGCACCAGCCCCCACUGCCCCUCCAACGUCUACCUGCAUGACGGCCACGCCUGCCACAACGUGGACGGCUACUGUUACAACGGCAUCUGCCAGACUCACGAGCAGCAGUGCAUCACACUGUGGGGCCAAGGAGCAAAGCCAGCUCCGGGCAUAUGCUUCGAAAGGGUCAACUCAGCAGGGGACCCCUAUGGCAACUGUGGCAAGGACUCCAAAGGCUCCUUUGCCAAAUGUGAAGCACGAGAUGCUAAAUGUGGCAAAAUCCAGUGUCAAGGAGGAGCUAACCGCCCAGUAAUUGGCACCAACGCUGUUUCCAUAGAGACGAACAUCCCCAUGCAGGAUGGAGGGAGGAUACUGUGCAGAGGCACGCAUGUCUACUUGGGUGAUGACAUGCCCGACCCCGGCUUGGUCCUGACGGGGACCAAGUGUGGAGAUGGACUGAUGUGUCUGAAUCGUCAGUGCCAGAACGUCAGUGUCUUUGGUGUGCAUGAGUGCUCAGCCAAGUGCAGCGGUCGAGGGGUGUGCAACAACAACAAGAACUGUCACUGCGAGGCUCACUGGGCGCCUCCCUUCUGUGACAAGGCAGGUUUUGGCGGCAGUGUGGACAGUGGCCCUAUCAGAUUAGCAAACAGUGGGACUCUGACAGUGGGCAUCCUGGUGGCUCUCCUCAUUGUCCUGGGAGCUGGUGUGAUUAUCUUCAUUAAGAGGAAAACCCUCCGGGGGCUGCUCUUCACCAGCAAAAAGAACCCGAUUGAGAAGCUCAGAUCAGUAAGCGCUACAAUCAGCGGACCAUCCACUCUGAGCCAGCCUCCGUCGCUGACCACGACGUCUCCAUCACGGCCGGCCCCGCCUCUGCCACAGAGCGCUGCCAUCUUCAAGCCUCCUCACCGGGGGCCAGCAGCGGCGCUCCCACCGGCCCCCUACCCCUCCCACAGCCUGCGCAGACUGCCCCAGUGCCCUCCAGUUCACCUCAGCCACCCUGUCCCUCUGUCCCUCACCCUGUCCCUCUCCCCCGGCCCCGGGCUGCCAAGACCCCCGUUGCCUCCACCUCACAUCCACGUCGCAUCAAGAGGGGCGUCGUUUCGCACUGCAUCGCGCCAUAACUCCUGCAGGAUGGUCAUGGAGUUGGAGAAGCCCAGUCCUCCUCAGAAACCCCUUCCUGCUGAUCCAAGGACCUCUCGUCUGGUUCGAAGCCCCUCUGCUGUGCCGAUACCUGGUGUACCCAGACCUAUGCGCCCUGUCCCACACCCCAACAGACCCAGUCCCAAGCAACCUCCAACACUACCAAAGCCUUGCAUUAUUGCCAACGUCAAAUACAGCAGCUGAGACUUUGGCCGGAAGGGACGAUGUUGCGAUAAGACACUAAAGAAUUUGCACUAUGAAAACUCUGAAAACCUUAAAGAAAAGGUGGCGGCUUCUCUGAGUUUUGAAUCAGGAGAUCUGCCGUGUCCCUUUGGUGCUCUGUCCCUGAAUGGUGCUACGAGUCUGAGCUCAGGUACAUGUAAAGUAUUUAUAUUCUGUAUUUAUUGCCACGCAGUGCACUGUGCCAGACACUUUUACUACACGGUAGCAAUUUUUAAUUUGUCGUUUGCAUCGGUUUCACCAUUUUUUUUUAAUCAUCAACUGAUUUUUAUCAAGGACGGCUGGCGAGAGAUUAAAAAAGCCAAUCUGUGAAAUUCUGAUUGUAGAAAUGUUUUUGUGAAAUGUGUUUAAAUGAAGGGAACCCUUUACAUUGUAGGUUUGUUCUGUAUGCGAAAGGAAGAGCUGAAAAAGAGUUUUGUGCAAUGACAGAUGAGUUUAGACAACACUUGUGCCCAAUCCCAAAACACCCCUUGCCCCCAACACUUAGUCCUUACCCCACCAUUUUGUGCAUUCAUGUCCAGGGGUAGUAUCUUGUUGCAACAGAGGAGUAGGGUGAAGUAUUAGUUGUACAUGGCCCUCCUAAGGGAGCAUUUUCAGAGGCACACUUCAAACCGAGUUUUGUGAGAUGGCUGCACAAUCAACAAAAGAAACCCACAUCGUUAUUUUCUGUGUUAACCCUUUGAAACCUGAGGAAACUGACUUGAUUCCUUUUAAAAACAUGGGUAGAAGGCAAUGAGCAACAAAAGACGAAAUGCCCCAAAAAACUGGCGAAAGAUUGGUAAACAAAAAUAAUUAAAAACAAAAAAAAUUGGCAAAAAAAAAAAGAAGAAAUAAAGUUAAAAACAAAUCAAUCAAUCAAUUUGCCUCACAGUGCUUUACAGCAUACAACAUCCCUCUGUCCUUUGGACCCUCACAGCGGAUAAGGAAAAACUCCCCAAAAAAAAACCUUUAACGGGGGGAAAAAAACGGUAGAAACCUCAGGAAGAGCAACUCAGGAGGGAUCCCUCUUCCAGGACGGACAGAACAGAUCAGCAUAAUAAAUUAAAAGUAAUCCGUAUGACACAAUGAGACAGAGAGAGAGA